AAAAUGACAGACAUAUUACAACACAACGCUGUUCUGUUCUGUUCCCUUUAAAAUUACUUAACCACCCCUGUCAAAUCCAAUUGUUCAAAAAACUCAACUUUCGUUGUGACAAAAUUCAUUGUAUCGAAUCGUAUCAACGAAAAUGUCGGCAUCAGUGGACCAUACUGAUCAAAGAGCUGAAGCCAUUCCCUGCUCCACAGCUACACCAAAUUGGACCGUUCAUGUUUCAGAUAUAAGAACAGUUAAAGUGAGUAACAUAUCACUGAUUACUUCCAAGCAAGACAUUGAAGAAUUCUUUUCAUUCUCGGGUGAUAUUCAAUAUAUUGAGAUGCAAAGGGAAUCUGAUCGCACUCAAGUUGCUUAUGUUACCUUUAAGGAUUCACAGGGAGCAGAGACAGCAGUUCUCUUGACGGGUUCUAAGAUAGGUGACUUAUAUGUUACCAUCUCACCUGUGGAGCAGUACCAACUUCCCCCUGAAGCGCUUCCCUCAAGUCCUACAAACCAAAGUGCCGAUGCAGUUAAGAAGACCGAAGAUGUAAUAAGUACCAUGCUUGCCAAGGGUUUCAUUUUAGGAAAGGAUGCAAUCAACAAGACAAAAUCCAUUGAUGAACGUCUUCAAUUGACCUCUAAUGCUUCUUCCGCAGUUGCUUCUAUUGAUAAUAAAAUUGGUUUAAGUGAUAAACUUAGUAUUGGAACAACCAUUGUCAAUGAAAAAGUCAAAGAGAUGGAUGAAAGGUAUCAGCUUUCUGAAAUGACAAAGUCUGCUAUUGCUGUUGCUGAGCAAAAGGCAAGUAGUGCUGGAUCCGCUAUCAUGAGCAAUUCUUAUGUCUUAACUGGAGCUUUAUGGCUGUCGAGUGCGUUUAGCGUUGUUGCCAAGGCAGCUGAGGAUGUCAGCACGAUGACCAUGGAGAAGGUUGAACAAGCUGAGGUGGAAAAUAAGGAGAUCAUUUACAGUGAAAGAAAAGGGACGGUUGAUGAAUAUGCUCAGAUGAACUUUGAGGACUCUUUAAACGGCGGCCCUGCAGUAGUUCCUGUUAGUUCUGAAAAUGACGGUAAAGCUAGUAAUUUUCUAACUUGAACUGACUCACAAUUCUUUAACAUCCUUAAAAGCACAGCUGGAUUGACCUUGAUGGAAUAGUUAUUUUCAUUUUUCAGUUGCUGCAAAUUUGUUGUACAAUGAAAAGUUUGUUGAUUGUUAUAGUGAUGUAAAGGUUUUUCCUACAGAUAUGAUUCAUAAACAUGAUCAUCAUUCAUAUAUACUCAUUCUUUGUUAUUUUCUAUCAUCA